CUGCUGUAUAGAGGCAGAAAGCCGUUGUUCCUGGCUCUUCAUUUUCAAUCUCAGACUCUGUAAAGUUCAGCAAAGGACAAAUACUUUGGUCAUUUGUGCUGCAGGGUACUCAGGCAGAGGGUAGGACAGCAUUCAAACACGUGUAGUCUGCUGACACGCAGUCAUGAUGAAAGCGGGCGCCACCAAGGUGGGGCUGCCCAAGCUGGGACUCCAGGAACGAGUGAGGCAGGCCCCCUCAGGUUCCUCUUCCUCCACCACCACCACCACCUCCUCAGCCAUGAAGACAUCCAGAUCCUCCAACAUGCUGGCCUCAGAUCAGCGCCUUAGCAGGCUGAAAAGAGCCAGCAGUGAUGAUGCCUUGACAAAGCCCCCACAGGGAGCUGCGGCCUCUGGCUCACGGCUGAAGAAGACUGUAACUACGGGAGCCAUUUCAGAUCUCGCUGAGGCCCGUCCUCGCAGCCUGUCAGGUGCACAAACUGUCAAGAAGUCUGGAAUCCCAGCUCCUAGAGAAAUGCCCUCUGCCAUAACAAGAGACCGUAGUUCUCUAAGGGACCAACUGAAGAGCUCUUCCACUAAGAGAAUGGUUUCCAGUGCCAGCACUUCCAGCCUUUCCACCCUGACAAAGCAGACACGGAAUUCAACCAAAUCCCGUGCGGAUGCGGAGGUCCAAGAAAAGGGCCUUCUGGAAUGCCAGGUAAAGGAGCUUCUCGCUGAGGCAAAGGCUAAAAACUUAGAGCUCAGCAAUCUCAGGAUGGAGUUGCAGCGCUGUAAGGGUAAAGCCUCCGCUGCUUCCUCUUUACCCUCACCCAACUCUAUAUCACACCAAGAGCCUGCAGCUGAUCGCGAGCAUGGACAGGUGGGGGAGGCCCUUGUGCUGGUCGCAGAGCUGAGAGAGAAGAAUGGGAAGUUUCAGAGAGAGCUGGCAGCCCUCAGGGAGGAGAACCAGGCACUGAAGGAAAAGCUGCUUAGCUUGGAGGCAUCUCCUAUCUGUAGUACAAACACAACAACCUCCUUGAAGCCUUUGGUGAAUGGUCUGUCUUCAGACUCUUCAGCUCCUCAACAGCAUAAUCUCCCCUCUGCUGCCAGCCCACUCAAAACCUCUGGAUCCUCCAGCUCAGACAUCACCAAGGGGUCACCAUCACCUGACUCCUCAGAAUUUGAGAAGAUCCCAUCUCGCUCAGAAUCAGCAAGCAGUGGUGUCAGUGGGGGCACUGAUCAAACAGGGGUAGUUAACAGUGGCAGAGGUCAGGACAUCUCCUUGCAGAGCCUGACAGAACAGAUUCACAAGAUGGAAGAGAGCCACCACAGCACAUCAGAGGAGCUGCAGGCAACACUGCAGGAGCUGGCUGACCAGCAGCAAGUGGUGCAGGAGCUGACGGCCGAGAAUGAGCGUCUGGCUGAGGAGAAACGCCUCCUGCAGACCUCACUUCAACAGCAGAGAGAGCGUCUGGAGGUGCUGGCCCAGAAGAAUGAAACGCUGGCUGUCCGGCUUCAGGAGCAGGCUCAGACUCAGGCCCAGAGGGAGGAGGAGCUGGGUAGCCAAGGGCCUCGACUGGUUGAGCUGGAGCAGAGGUAUGCUGAGCUGGUGGAGAGUUCACGCUUUGAACGGGAGAAGCUGGUGGACAUCCAGCAGCAACUCACAGGCAGCCUGCGGGCUCUGGAGGAAGAGCACCAGGAGGCCCAGAGCCAGGUGCGCUGCCUAAGAGAGGAGUUAGACAGGUUGCAAGCCCAGCUGGACAGGGAGCUGGAAGUUGGAGGUCAGGCAGUACAAGCUGCAGAGGAGCAGAGGGCAACAGCUGAGGGUCUGAGACUGGAAAACAGUAGGCUGAAGGCACAGGUGGAUAUUGAGAGGCAAAAGGUGACUGAGCUGAAGGCAAUGCAAAGUGCCAGUGACAACACUGAGCUGCAGACUUUGCUGAAGACAGCCCACACUGAGAGAGACCGGCUGGAAGUGGAGCUAACAGAACUAAGACAGGAGCUGCUUCAGGCCCAAGCUGAGACUGAGCAUGUGCGAGGCUCCAUGUCUAAGGUGGAGGCAAAAUGCCAGCAGCUUCAGGAGCGGGCUGAGAAGAGAGAGCUGGAUCUAUGCAGCCGAGUCGCUGCCCUGGAGGAGGCAGGAAUCCAGGCUGAGAACCAGGUGAAGGAGCUGAAGGAGACUAUAUUCGAGCUGGAGGACCAGGUGGAGCAGCAGAGGGCUGUUAACUGCCACACCAACCAAGCUGUCCUGGACAUGGAGAAUCUUGUCAAAAAGCUGGAGGAGCAGAAGGCUGAAGCUGAGCGACAACUGAAAGUUAUGAAUAGGCAGAUGAAGGAUGAAAAGGAGGAGUGGCGGCGUUUUCAGGCAGACCUUCAGACGGCUGUGGUCGUAGCCAAUGACAUCAAGGUGGAAGCUCAGCAGGAGCUGCGUACACUUAGGAGGCAGCUGCAGGAGGAGCAGGAUCGCAACGCAAAGAUUUCUGCAGACCUUGAGGCCCUGCAGGGAGUCAGGUCCCAAGGUGAAGAGGUGAGAGCAUCCGACUCCGAUAACGGCCGUCAUUGGUGCGGCAUCUCCAUGAUCCCGACCACACCCGCCGACGCCAGCGGAGAUGCCAACACAGAGCCUGGAGCUACUGUCAAAUCCCUCAUUAAGUCCUUUGAUACUGUUGGACACAAUGGACCAGGUCACACAGUUCAGAUGCAUUCCUCCACAAGAAGCCCACUGAGUGGGAUCCCUGUGCGCACUGCACCUGCUGCUGCCGUCUCCCCUAUCCAGAGACACUCACACAUAAAGCCACUGUCAAAGACACUGGAGAAAAGAAUUAAUCAUGGAGAAUUCUCCCAUCCUCAUGACAAAUUGGCGAACUGCAGGGAAGACCUGAAGCCUAACAGCCUUAUGAGGAAGAGCCCUUCUCUGGAGUCUGUAAUCAAAACCUCUGCUUCACUCAGCAGCCGCACUGCAUCCUUCAGCUACAACCGAGAAAGCAGCAAGCUCAGUGUGGAAAGAAAGGACCCCUUGGCUGCACUGGCGCGGGAGUACGGAGGAUCUAAGAGAAAUGCUCUACUGAAGUGGUGCCAGAAGAAAACAGAAGGCUAUCCGAAUAUUGAUGUGACCAACUUCAGCAGCAGUUGGAGUGAUGGCCUGGCUUUCUGUGCCCUGCUGCACACAUAUCUGCCUGCCCACAUCCCUUACCAGGAACUCAUCAGUCAAGAUAAGGUCCGGAAUCUAACUCUAGCUUUCCAGGCAGCUGAGAGCAUUGGCAUCAAGCCCUCCCUGGACAUUGAGGAGUUGAUGAACACCGACAGGCCGGACUGGCAGAGCGUCAUGCAGUACGUCUCCCAGAUCUACAAGUACUUUGAGACCUGACCAGUAAGGAAGAGGAGCUGGAGACUGAUGAAGAUUGGAGGCACCGCAGCAUUUUUCUGUGUCGUCUUGUCAGCCCUGCAUUCUCCUCUGAGACUGGCCUGAUGAUGCCAUGUUACCACUGCUCCUGCUCGACACUGGAGACGCGACCAAGGAAUUCUCUGUUAUUUAAAGCUGCCGACUCUACAGUGACUGCUCGCACUCAAAUUGACUGAGACUGGAGUCAGUUUUUAGUGUCAGCCAAGCGUUUGAUCCACAGACACACUGAUGACGCUCAAAGACACCAGUGAAACUAUGUAGCAGUCCACAACACAGUUUAUAGAGACAGUUUUUUCUUUCUUCUGUACAAAAUUCAAUUCAUUCUCAUUGUUUGUUCAUUUUUCGGAUGCCGCCUGUGUUUCACUCUUAGGCACGAGCUGUUUCUCUUUUUCUUUUUAGCAAUAUUGGUAACUUUAGCAAUGCCUUUGACGUUUGACCAAACGGCCCUAUCAGACAUCCCGGGAGCAUGAGGGCUUGACGCUAACUCAAAGAACAAGCAGGUAAAGGUUUUAUUUAUUUUUUCCUUUUGUCCUCAACGCCUCUCUGUGCUGUCAGCGUUCUUAUGAAAGUUACCUGCUAAUUAUCCGUGUCGUUUGUGAGUCAAAUGCGCCGUUGAAACCGACUGACCUUUUAAAAACGUGCCAAAUUUUCACAGCCAAAUCUUGGCUCACACAAGACCAUCUAUGCAUGAUUUAAGUGUGACCUUUCCGCUGGAGUGCACAGCGUGACGUCUCCUUCCGUUGACAUCAUGCGGUUAUGAGCGGACCAGUUUAAACCCAGCUUUUGGUAAACUUGCCGAAAUGUCGCUCGCUUCUUAGUCUGUGUAAGGAGUUGGAGUUUGCUUUGAGUUUGCAGAGCAGAAAGUAUUUUCCACUGAUAAGUUGAGUUUUUCCUGAAUGGACAAACCCCUUCUGAAAUGAUUUAACACUUAAAGAGUUGCUGAAUAGUUUUCUAAAAGUAUGUUUUAUGAACAAAGAUUGAUCUGUUUGCUUUAUGUGCAGCAUUAAGGACUGACUGAAUCAAACCAUCAUGCUGUGCCCUCCUUUGCUGUCUUGGUGUUUUCAUCAAAAUCCUCUAAACAACUGUGGUACUGCAGCUACUUUGCAAAAUGUCUGUGUCUGUAUUUCGCAUGCUGAAGUACAAAAGGAGGGAAAAAAGCUUUUCUUGAAGGAGCCGAGCCCCUUCCUCUAUGGUAUGACAUAGGCAAGCCUUCAUUUGCAAAUGCCUGUAUGUUUAACAAAAUUAUUUAUUUAGCUAACAUGCAUACUGCAGAGAACAUGUGUGGACAGAUACAGUAUGCUAUUUUCUAUUCUUACAUGAUG